GUGGGCCUGUUAUCGAGCGCUACAUAAAAUCAACAAGGGAAAGACUACCUGAAGAUGCACCACUUGUGAAAGUGCAUACAUGAAGGAAAGCAUAUAUCUCUUCGACGCAUCCCAACGGAAGCUUUGAGCUACAUUUCCGGACCUUGACUGUCAUUGCGACGAGGCCACAUCAUGCGACAGAAUGGAUACCGCCACAGCAUUCCAUUAUCACGCUGCGUUCGAACACCCAAGGCACACAUGCGAAAACGACAGAUCGUAAAGUUAUGCGCUUCACAACUUCUACGCAUGCCUUCUGUUCUGACCAUCUGUCCAACGAGACAGCGCAAUGAGGCAGGAUUCUACGGGGUGUCACCUACAGUACACACAAGAAGUGCAGGGGGAACGGAUUGCGAACCGCAGCCAUCCUCGUCUUCAAAUGUAGGAAUCUUUUAUUGGGCACUGUUUGGCGAGAGUACAUUUGAGAGCAGACCUCAGUGCCCCGAAGGCCAUGAAAAGAAGGCGCCCUAGAGCGGGCUCCUCUACGCAAGUGACACCCUGUAGUCGAAGGGUAGAACACCGGCAUCGGCAAGUUGCAGUCGCGUUGAAGGCCAUCUAGCGGCUCUCCCAGUGGCACCAACGAGGAAGCCACAGGAAAGGGAUUCUAAGGCGAAGGCGUAACACGUGAAUGGCCCAAGAUGCACAUGCUCAAUGAAUGCCCUCUAAAAGAACGAUAUCGACAAUUCCGCAAAGAGCAUCAGCAUCAAAACCACAAGCCUACUCUUCCAUGGCAUCAGGAUCAGCUUCGGCUCCCAACCCCGCUUCAGCCUCUUCAGCUUCUUUGAACUCAUGUUCAAGCUCC